CCUUGCACAUCCUCACACACACCGAGGGACGGAGGCGGGCACGGACGGAGCUGCCCACCGGGGCUGCCGCCAGCCCUGCCGCCGCCGCUCCGCCGGAGAGCCGCGAUCCCGGCCCGGGGAGAGGGGGGGGGGGGCGGUUCCCAAGGGGAAAUUUUUAAAAUUUUUUUGGUAAUUUUUUUUCCGUCCCCUAUCCAUUUUUUUUUUUUUUUUAAAGAAAAGAAAAGAAAUUUUGUUUUUCAUCCGUGGAUAACGAACCGGAGGAGCCGGGAGGGUGGGGGGAGCCCGGUCCCGGCGGGGAGGAGGCGAUGCAGACGCCGCUGGAUCAGCGCUCCGGGAGCCGCCACGGAGCGCAGCGCCGGCCGCAUCCAACUCCCCUGAGGUGCAGGAUGAGGCCCUUCGCCUCCUGCCUGGCUCUGUGGCUCCUCUGCCAGCUGCCCGCCCUGGUCUGUGGGACACGCGUGGUCUACAAAGUGCAGGAGGAGCAGCCCCCCAACACACUCAUCGGCAGCCUGGCCUCCGACUACGGCUUCCCCGACGUGGGGCACCUCUACAAGCUGGAAGUGGGGGCCCCAUACCUGCGUGUGGACGGCAAGACGGGAGACAUCUACACCACAGAGACCUCCAUCGACCGGGAGAGCUUGCGUGAGUGCCAGCACCUGCUGCCCGGAGAGCCCUGCUACCUGGAGUUCGAAGUGUCCAUCACCGACCUGAUGCAGAACAACAGCCCGCGCCUGCUGGAGGGGCAGAUCGAGGUGCUCGAUAUCAAUGACAACACCCCCAACUUCGCCUCGCCCGUCCUCACCCUGACCAUCCCCGAGAACACCAACAUUGGGGCUCUCUUCUCCAUCCCCCCGGCCAUGGACCGGGACUCGGGGCCCAACGGCGUUGCCUCCUAUGAGCUGCUGGCUGGCCCCGAGGCACAGGAGCUCUUUGGGCUGCAGGUGGCUGAGGAUCAGGAGGAGAAGCAGCCGCAGCUGAUUGUCAUGGGGAACCUGGACCGGGAGCAGUGGGACUCCUACGACCUGACCAUCAAGGUGCAGGAUGGGGGCAACCCGCCACGGGCCAGCAGCGCGCUGCUGCGCAUCACCAUCGUGGACAUGAAUGACAAUGCGCCCAAGUUCGAGAAGGCCCUCUACGAGGCUGAGCUGUCCGAAAACAGCCCCGUGGGGCACUCUGUCAUCCAGGUGAAGGCCAACGACUCAGACCAGGGUGCCAAUGCUGAGAUCGACUACUCCUUCCACCAAGCAUCGGAUAUGGUGCGCCGGCUGCUGCGCCUGGACCGCACCACAGGGCUCAUCACCGUCCAGGGGCCCAUCGACCGCGAGGACGUCAGCAUCCUCAAGUUCUCUGUCAUGGCCAAGGACAAGGGGGCCAACCCCAAGAGUGCCCGUACGCAGGUAGUUGUCACCAUCAAGGACAUGAAUGACAAUGCGCCCUCUAUUGAGAUUCGAGGCAUUGGGUUGGUCACCCACCAGGAUGGCAUGGCAAAUAUCUCGGAGGACGUACCAGUAGAGACAGCAGUGGCUCUGGUACAGGUGUCCGACCGAGAUGAGGGCGAGAAUGCUGUGGUGACCUGUGUGGUGGCUGGUGACGUCCCAUUCCAGCUGCGGCAGGCUAGUGAAACAGGGAGUGACAGCAAGAAGAAAUACUUCCUGCAGACUACCACACCUCUGGACUAUGAGUCGGUGAAGGACUACACAAUCGAGAUUGUGGCAGUGGACUCGGGGAACCCGCCCCUUUCCAGCACCAACUCGCUGAAGGUGCAGGUGGUGGAUGUGAAUGACAAUGCACCCGUCUUCAGCCAGAGCUUCACCGAGGUGGCUUUCCCCGAGAACAAUGAGCCCAAUGACCUGGUGAUGGAGGUGAGUGCCAGCGAUGCAGACAGCGGCUCCAAUGCCAAGUUGGUAUACUCGCUGGUGACUGACCCAUCCUCCAAGGACUCCUUCACCAUCGACCCCGACUCUGGGGAGAUUCGAGUGAAAGCGGUGCUGGACCGUGAGCAGCGGGAGCGCUACGAGUUCUUGGUGGUGGCGGCAGACAAGGGCAGCCCCAGCCUGAAGGGCACAGCGUCGGUGGCCAUCAACGUCAUGGAUAGGAAUGACAACGACCCCAAGUUCAUGCUGAGCGGCUACAACUUCUCGGUGAUGGAGAACAUGCCACCCCUCAGCCCCGUGGGCAUGGUGACGGUGAUCGAUGCUGACAAAGGAGAAAAUGCCCGAAUCCAGCUGUCGGUAGAGCAAGACAAUGGGGAUUUUGUCAUCCAGAAUGGCACCGGCACCAUUCUCUCUAGCAUCUCUUUUGACCGGGAGCAGCAAAGCACGUACACUUUCCGGCUCAAGGCUGUGGAUGGUGGGGAUCCCCCCAGGUCUGCCUACGUGGGAGUGACCAUCAAUGUCUUGGAUGAGAAUGACAAUGCUCCCUUCAUCACCUCGCCCUCCAAUGCUACCUACAAGCACAUCCUGCCCCACACCAGCCCUGGCCAGCAGGUGAGCAAGGUCAAGGCGGAGGACAUCGACACCGGCGUCAAUGCCGAGCUGACCUACAGCAUCACAGGAGGCAACCCCUUCGAGCUCUUCCAGAUCUCCCCCCAAAGUGGGGACAUCACACUGGAGAAGGAGAUCCUGCGCAAGCACCAUGGCCUGCACCGCUUGGUCGUGCGCGUCAAUGACAAGGGCAAGCCGUCACGGCACGGCACGGCCCUGGUGCACUUCUAUGUCAACGAGACUUUAGCCAACCGCACACUGCUGGACACGCUGGUGGGGCACAGCCUGGACACACCACUUGACAUAGACAUCGCUGGGGACCCCGAGUACGAGCGCAGCAAGCAGAGAAGCAACAUCCUCUUCGGAGUCAUCGCCGGCAUUGUGGCUGUCACCUUGGUCAUUGUGCUGGUCGUCCUGGUGCGCUACUGCCGACAGCGGGAGGCCAAGAGUGGCUACCAGGCAGGCAAGAAGGAGACCAAGGACCUGUAUGCACCCAAGCAGGCCAGCAAGAGUGGCAAGAGCAAGAACAAGGUGAAGAAGAGCAAGUCCCCAAAACCACCCAAGCCAACGGAGGAUGAGGAGGAGACAGGGCUGCAGAAAUCCCUCAAGUUCAACCUGAUGAAUGACUCUGUCAGUGACAGCCCCCGCAUCCACCUGCCCCUCAACUACCCGCCGGGCAGCCCAGACCUGGGCCGGCACUACCGCUCCAACUCGCCCCUGCCCUCCAUCCAGCUGCAGCCCCAGUCUCCCUCUGCCUCCAAGAAGCACCAAGUGGUGCAGGACCUGCCGGCCACCAACACCUUUGUUGGCACCGGGGACAACAACUCGACGGGCUCCGAGCAGUACUCGGACUACAGCUACCGCACCAAUCCCCAGAAAUACACCAACAAGCAGUUACCUCAUCGCCGAGUGACAUUCUCUGCAGCCAGCCAGGCCCAGGACCUGCAGGACCCCUCCCAGCACAGCUAUUAUGACAGCGGGCUGGAGGAGUCGGAGACCCCCAGCAGCAAAUCUUCGUCGGGGCCCCGCAUUGGGCCACUGGCCCUGCCCGAGGACCACUACGAGCGUACCACGCCUGAUGGCAGCAUCGGGGAGAUGGAGCACCCCGAGAAUGAUCUCCGUCCCCUGCCCGAUGUAGCCAUGACUGGGACCUGUACCCGGGAGUGCACGGAGUUCGGCCACUCCGACACCUGCUGGAUGCCCGGCCAAUCCUCCCCCAGCCGCAGGCCCAAGAACGCCCUCAAACUCUCCACUUUUGUGCCUUACCAAGACAGAGGGAGUCAAGAGCAAGUCGGGAAUGGCAGCCCCAGACUCUCAGAAGAGCGCAGCACCAAAAUGGCCAACCUCCGCCUGCUCCCCACGUACAGUGCCUUCUCCAAUAGUAGCCAUGAGACCUGCAAGGACUCCCCCAUGGAGGAAAUUCCUCUCACCCAGACCUCGGACUUCCAGCCAGCCACCACCCCCUCGUCCCAGACCACCAAGAGGGAGAUCUACCUGUGAGGCUGGCCCGAGGGGCCUGGAGCAGACAUGCUUCCGAGGCCAGCGUCCUGGAGGGACAUUUGAAACUUGGUUGCUUUACAGGCUCCUGAGGCCGGUUCUGCUCCGGCUGGUGGUGGAGGUGCCCAGGGGCUGCGAGGACAGCGGGCAGGGCGAGGCAGGGAUGGAAGGAGCGCCUUUAAAACCCAUUCCUUGGGGCGGGUGGGAGGGGUGAAGGCAUCCGACCCCUGAUUUCCCAGCACUUGCAGGUGCGUGUCUCCAAACUGCAUGGUCGGGGAGGCUGGGCAGGCUCCUGGUGCGGAGGGCAUGGCCGGGGAGGAGGGCUGACGUACCAAAGGUCCAUGCAGAGCUGGUGGAGUCCCUGGGGCAUAGGACGAGGGAGUCCCCCGCGCACAGGGUGCGAGCUGCCCGGCUCUUUGUUGUAGACUCCUGUAAAUACGAACCUUAGGAAUGACAUUCAAGUCCUGCCUGAUCAAAACUUUUUAUUGUCCUUGAAACAAAAGACGUUUAAACAAACACACACACACACACACACACACAAACCCAACCCACAGGGAGCAAGUUCCAGAUUUCAAUGGUUUGCUGUGUGGAAGAGCCCGCGGGAGCGCAGCAUCCGGCCCACACUCAUGUUCUAUAUUGUAAAUAGAGUUGUGACCAGUCCCUGAAACAGCAGCUGGGGAGCUGGAGGAGAGGGCAGCCCUAGCCGGACUGUAGGGACUCAGCUAUUUGUCAGUCUGAAUCUCUUUUGGAACGUUGUCACUGUGCCCACAAGCUGCAGGGUCCCUAGGGACUGCCCGGCGACAUAGGCAAGGGCUGCGCUGGGGGUAUCUCUGGCGUCCCCGUGCCCGAUGGCCGGAGGAGGGACGGGGACGUCCCCAGGCAAGGGACCGGCUGGGUCCGGAGAAGCCCUCAGUCCCACUCCGCUGGCAGGGGGUCGUCGUCAGCUGCGGCACCUCAGCCCCUCGCCUGGUGCCUCCGCUGGGAACGGGGCUGCCGGUGGGGCCGGCUGUGCCAUGCCUUCGACCUCCGUCCUGUCCGCCUGUAAGCCACCAUUGCCUUCGUCAGGAGGAGCGUUGUCUCAGGGUCACGCCGGGGGCCGCCGAGCCCCUGCCCGCUGGAGUCCCACCGCCCUUAGGCCCCAGGGCCACUCUCACGGGCUCCAGCUUUCUCUUCCAUUGCCCAGUCCCUGCUGCCCCGGCCCCCUCUCAGGGGUGACACCGUGCAAACAGUGGGGACGGCGCUCCCGGAGAUGUGCACACUGCAGCAGGGAUGCCCAGGUGCCCUCCUGAGCAUCCUUGGCUGCUUUUUGGGGGGACCCUGGCAGAAGGGGUCUGGGGGACUCAUGCCUCAUUCCCGGGUCACCCUCCCCGGUUCCCUCCUCCCUGCUGGGAUAUGGGGACGGGCUGUGCUGCACCCUUGUUCUUCCCAUACUUGCGCAUCGCAUCGGUCGUCUUCAUCUCUGGGAUCUUCCUUAGGGAGCGAGGCCAGUGGUAGCUGCAGGAUGGUUUCCCCCGGUCUGCACACUGGGAGAGCCUGGGGCCCUUCUUGCCAACAGCCCAACCAGCACGGGGUGCCCGCGGGACCCCCUGCCCACUUCCCCCCAGCAGCCCCUCUGAGCAGCUCCUCUCCCUUUGCUUUGGCGGUGCCAGCUCCUGGUGCCCUGCGGGGACACGGUGCCCUAGCCGUGCUCCCCACCUGCCCCAGCACCUUGGGGUGCCAAUGGGGGGCAGGACCCCCCUCCUGGCCCCUGCUGCUGCUCCCCACCCAGCGUGGGGUGGGCGUGUGGCUCCGGGGGGUGUCCCGCUGGGAGUGCCCGCUCUGCCGGCGGGGCCUCGUUCUCCUGGCCUGGCUGCCUGAGCAGGUCAUGCUCCUGAACUUGUUUUUAAUUGUAGCUCUGUAGUUUCAGGGCCUAACUGGGCAGAAUGUGCAAUUUGGCCACGCUGGCCAAGAUCUCUGACUCCACUGCCAACUCGACUGCUCACAUCUCCCCAUGGCUCCGGCCGUGUCCGGUGCCCCUCCUGGGGACCCCCAGCAGAGUCAGAUCUGAGGGGUGCUUGUCCAAGAGCAGCUUCCCCAGGCUACUGCCUGUGGGUGGACUCCCUUCCUUCCACUCGGGGUCACCAGAAGGAUCCUGAAGCUCCAUGCCCUGUGGCUGGGGUGGCUUUCUUGUCUCCUGGAGCACCUGGCAAUGUUCUCAGUGCAAGCGUGUUGCAAACUGGGGAGAAGUUUAGAGGGGAUGGGUCCUCAGGGAGCUUAGAGGGGUGGAAGGGUUAGGUACUGCGGGAAUGCGGAUCACUGGGAUAGGAACCAUCGGGAUGGUUCUGUGGGUUUGGGUACCAUGGGGGUGGAUAUUAUGUGGAUGGGCAUCAUGGGGAUGAGUGCCAUGAGGAUGGGAGCCAUAAAGAUAGGUGCCAUUGAGAUGGGAGCCAUAGGGAUGGGUGCUAUGGGGGUGGGAACCAUUGGGAUGGGUUCUGUGGAGAUGGGUACCUCUGGGAUGAGUGCCACUGGGAAGAAGAUAUAAGGGAUGGUGAAUCUCUGUUGAGGAUAAUCAGAGGGUUGGGCGGGCUGGGUCUGUGGAAGCGAGCACAGUGGGGAGA